AUGGCGGAGCAGUUCAACGUCAGCCGAGCCCCGAUGCCGAUUACCGUGGCCGUCGCUCCCAACGGUGCCGUUACAGGAUUGUUCCCCAGGCAGGUUGCCAAUGCUAAUCUCGACGCGGCCGUCGUGCCUCCCGUGAUGAUGGAGUGUAUGAAGCAGUUGCAGGAUCAAAAGCUCGUGUUCGUGUGCCUGACCCAAUCAGAACAGGCUGCCGUUCCAGCCGGAGUACGCGCCCUUCAGUUAGACUCGCAAUUCAAGGAUCGCAUGGCACUGGUCGCCUUGAAUGUCCAGAACACAGCCGAAGCGAGACUGAUGCAGCAACUCAAGGUCGAUGUAAACCAAGUUCAAGGUCCUUAUGCCGCCCUGAUUGCACCACCAGGCGUUCUUGUUGGCCACUUCAAUGGUACGUCAUCGGCCGAUCAGAUCGCCGCUGCAAUCCACAAGGCUGGCCAGUGCUGUGAAGAUCCCAACUGCAAGCACUCCGCUUCAGCCCAGGCAUCGCAGUCUACUCCCACACGGGUCGCUGCGUUAGUGGCGAUCCGACACGUUACGGUUUAUUCCGAAGAGGCGGUAGCGAACCAAUUGACCAAUUUGGGAGCCAAUAUCCUCGUGCUACCCAAGGAGGCGACCCUUCAAGAUUACUAUGCGGCCGACCAAAAUGGCGGCACACUUCCUGAGGAGUAUGUGGCGGAAGUCUUUCUCUCCGGGUUAUCCGGUAUCGAGCAGGUUUCCCCGCGGUUAAACGUUACCACAGAACUUCAUGGGCAUUCGGUGGCAAUUACGGGGAUUCUUCCUCAGUCCGAGGUCGAGACGCUGGCAACUUGGCAGGCAACGACCUCGUUCAUGAACCCGACCGACUCUGGCUGUUGCCUCAAGGCGAACGUCGCGACAACCGACGAUUUGAAGUCUCCCGAGGCCUUGGUCAAAUAUCGAGCGAUCCAGAACCUCGAUACGCACGCGAUCAUCCUUGGAGCUGAUAUCGCCAAGAAGCUGAACUGCAACGUGGAUGAUCGCCUGAAGCUGAUCGAUGAAACGUUUACCGUGAUCGGUGUCCUACCUGCCACGGGCACGGUGGAUGAUGGUCGGAUCUUCGCCCACCUUCAUUCGAUCCAGCGAAUCUGGAAGAAAGAUUCCACUUGCAAUGCGAUCGAGAUUGUUGGCUGCUGUGAAGAUGCAGCCGGUGGCCUGGUGCCGCAGCUUCGUGAGCUUCUGCCCGAUGCUAAAGUCGUGACGAUUUUACAGGUCGUCGAAACCCAGGUUGGUGUCAACCAACUGAUGGCCAAGACGUCGUGGAUUGUUCUGGCCGUCUUAGUGAUCGUCGGAGGCGUUGGUUUGGCUGGAGUUAUCGCGGCAAACGUACGAGAACGUCGUCGCGAGAUUGGUACGCUCAUGGCCCUGGGUGCUACACCGAGUUACAUCCAGAAACUAUUUCUCGGCAAGGCACUAAUUUUGGGUCUCGGAGCGGGAACGCUGGGAUGCCUGAUCGGAGUUGUGGCGGCCGUGAUUGCUGGCCCCGUCUGGGCGGGCGUAUCGAUCAGCCCUUUGCUGGGCACUUCGAUGCUUUCCGUCCUGAUUGCCACGUUCGUCGCAGUUAUCGCAGCCUGGUGGCCUGCCCAAAAAGCUGCUCACCUCGAUCCAUGCAUCUGUUUCCGGGAGGUUUAA